AUGACGCCGAUUCCCGACUAUUGCUCAACGUACGAGGUCCCGCACCGAUUCAGCGCCAUCGCUCUGCGAAUAAUCGCCAUCGUGAAUGUGUUCGUCGCGGGACCCGCGUUCUAUUGUAUUCUAUGGCACACACCGAGAGGUAUGCAAUUCUACAAAUGGCUUCUAUUGCUCAAUCAAUUUUGGACCGCCCUAUACUCCCACAUCAUAACACACGGCCUCUUGCCGAUCAUGUUCCUCCCAUUCCCGGUCAUGUAUUUUCGCGGUUGGUUUUCCGAUUUGGGUGUGCCGCCAGUCCUUCAGCUAAGCCUCUGCACCGUCAUCUUCAAUGAAACGCUCUUCUCAAUGCUGUUCCUGUUCUUCUAUCGACAUCAGGUCUUGUUGAGCGACAACUCGCGAUUCAAGCUAUCGCAAAAUAGCAUCGUGCGAAUCAUCGUCGCCAAUAUUCUGCUCGUUUUCCUACUAACCGCCUCACUCAAAUUCAACAUUGCCGAUCAGGAGGAGAGCUUCGAUAAGAUCCUUCAGAAUUGGGAUCAUCCGCCAUGCGAUCUGUGGCAUCCACAACGCGUCGUGCUAAUGAACGACGAAAAUAUUGUGUCAACUCUCACCAACAUAUCUCCAAUGAUCGCCAUGCUACUAAUGAUCUGCUUCAUCUUCCACAGCUUCCAUCUAAUGAAUCGAAGGGAGGUGGUGUCGGCGGCGACUAGGCAGAAGCAGAAGACGUUCCUGAGAAGCCUGAUGUACAUGGCAUUCUUGCCAAGCAUUAGCUUCAUUUUCCCUUCCACCUAUAUCAUGAUUGCCUAUAAAAUGAGCGGCCAAAACACGGUCAAUGGUAAUUAA